UCCAGUGAAUCGAUAACUUUCUAUCUAGUACUAGUAACUUUCGGGCUGAGGACAAACCCCGCGGAGCCUCACGGCAACCGAAAUCGGGGGGGUCACUUUGAUCCCCCCCCCCCUACCUAAGAGAAAAGGCCGAAUAAACGAGAUAUUCGGGCUGCCCGAGCGCCCGGAAAUGCGGGAUACUCGGCUUUCGGCAUAUAAAAGGACGCACGUAGCGCCAAGAUCCAGCUACAGGUGAAUCCCCACCUUCGUACGCACGAAUCUCGCCGGGCGUGCGCAGUAGCUGCCCUCCGCGCGGCUGCUAUCCUGCUACGACCGGGCGAAGCUACGGUCAUCUUGGCGUAUCGUAGUGGCCGUCUUGCGUCGCGAGAGUCCGAUUUGAAGUUCUCGGCCUACGCGGCGACAUCAAUAAAUCGACGACUUUCGGGACUGAGGACAAGUGCAACCCUUUACAAGCCACAAUCGGAGCUGCACUACGAUAUCAAACCCUGCGGAGCCUCACGGCAACCGAAAUCGGGGCGGAGCCUCAAGGCAUGUUACGUAAGGGGGGGUCGUGGUGGGGGUCGUCGUUGUCAGCAGUAGCCUGAUUAUCCAAGUCAGAGUCAUCUUGAUGCCGCCCGGGCCACCCCGAUCCAGCGGCAGGCAACGGAUCGACAAGAAGGGUGCUUUCAACUCGAGGAUAUGUAUCCAGACCGUAUCUGCCGCGGCGGCGCUCAUGUCCUCCUUAGUGAGCAAAGGUGCAAUGCUAGUAAGACUGCAGCAUGAGGCGUACAUGACGUACGACUGUGGUAAAUACGUGGAAUCCCUUCGUAUAGCAGAGGAAAUUUAUGCAAUUGAUGCGGUAACAAAAAAAGCUUUGAUAUUUCCCGAGUCGCCUUUUUGCGCUAUACAGGCUCGAUCAGACAACCUGCUUCUGCUGGGAGCCAUCAAUUUCCAAUUGCGAAACUUUUCUGAGGCGGUAUUUUUCAAUCAGCAGGUGCUGAAGCAUAUACUCAUAGUUUUUAAGAUUGCAUUCCCCAGGCAAUCCGCAUUGAGCCCCAGAUGGCGGAGGCGCAUUCAAACCUGGCAAAUGCCCUCAGGGAGCUUGGUGAUGUACAAGGAUCAAUGGGGCAGGUAAACAGUGUCAACAAUCACGCAUCUCGGCGCAAUAGGAGAAAUUAACCAGGUUUUACCUCAAAGCCAUCAAGUGCAAUCCUCGUUUUGGCGAUGCAUACAACAACCUUGCCACGGCCCACAUUCAGAUAGGACAGGUCGAUGAUGCAAUUGAGGCAUUUCAGAUGAGCAUUGUGGUUGACCCAGGUCUAGUUGGUGCCCAUUGUAACCUCGGCAACAUAUUUAAGGCUCAAGGAAAAUUAAAGUUGGCACGCCAGUGUUAUAUGGAGGCAAUUCGCUUGAAGCCCGAAUCUUCGAUUGCCUGGUCGAAUCUUGCUGGAAUCUUUAGAGAGGAGGGACAAACCUCAACAGCUAUCGCGUAUUAUCGUGAAGCAAUCCGCCUCUGUCCACAAUUUGCCGAUGUUUAUAGUAAUCUCGGGUCAGCAAUGCAGGAGCAAGGUAAUGUCCUAGAAGCCUUUCAAUGCUACAGUACUGCAAUACGCAUCAGACCUGACUUCGCAAUUGCCCAUGGCAAUCUAGGUAGCUGCCUUCUCGUAUCUGGCGAGGUGCAACGUGCAAUUUGCGCCUUGAGACGUGCUGUUCAACUUGAGCCAAACUUCCCGGAUGCUUACAAUAAUCUUGGCAAUGCACUUCGAGACUUCAAUAAACCAUUCGCGAUGCUACAGCUUAGUGGCGAAUUUAGAAUGAUAAAAGGAGACACAACCGAACUAAUGAGCCGUGAACUCUCCCAAAAACAUCAGCGGAAAGCCGAUGCGGGUGAGGCCAUUGAAUGUUACCGCACGGUACUUCGGCUCCAGCCGAAUCAUCCGCAUGCAUACAGCAACCUCGGUAAUGCAAUGCGUGAUCGAGGCCUUGUGCGCGAGGCAAUUCACUGCAACGUAACAGCAGCACGACUGAUGCCCUCGUUUGCACCAGCACAUACCAAUCUUGGUUCUCUCUUGCGUGAGCAAGGUCAACUUGAACAAGCUAUCGCGCACUACCACCAAGCUAUUGCCCUUGACCCGGAUUUUGCAGAAGCAUACCUAAACCUUGGCAACACAUAUCGUGACAUUCGCCAGCCAUUAGCAGAGCAAUUCCGUGCAAAAAAUCUUACGUCCUCAUUCUGUGAUCACAUCAGGUUAGAUGAUGCUAUUAAAUGUUUCACAACAGCCCUUGAUAUCUCAACGCACCUUGCUGAAGGGCAUGCUGCGCUUGCUGCAGUCACGAGUCAUAGUCUCUUGCAUGAAACUUAUCUUACUUGCGUCGAUCACGCUAGGCACAUGGAGAUAAAGGGAACUACGAAGAUGCAAUCCACUGUUAUGAGCAAGCACUAAGUCUCAACCCAAACUUUCUUGGUGCAUUUGCUGGCCUACUUCAAGCCAAAGAUUCCGUGUGUGAUUGGACUAUGCGCGCACCACACCUAAGCAGCCUUGCCUUAGUUGUUGCAAUCCAGUUGCAGCUGGACAAUUAUGAUGACACAAUCUUAGAUUACAGACGACGAUCCUCUGCGGGUUUAGUUGAACAGCCAGAAUCUAACAGUAAUAAGUCUGGUCACGUGUUUAGUGCGUCCUUGCCCUGCAUCCAACCAAUUGAUGCUUUAGCUCUCACGGACUCAAUUGCACCACGUGAUGUACAGCGACUCACUAGGCGAUUUGCAGCAAGAGCCAGGGCAAAUAUCGCUUUAUUGGCCCUCAAUUCAUUUCGACACCACCAUGCUUUAUGUUCAAUUGCAGUUCCUAAUGAAAGGCGAAUCCAUGUGGGCUACAUAAGUUCAAAUUUUUGGACACAUUCUAUUCGGCAUCUGUUUGCCCCAUUGUUUAAGUAUCAUGACAUGACAAGGUUUUGCGUGACUUGCUACUCGCUAUCGCCACUAGAUCAGCUAGAUCAAGGCGCACAAUUUGUGAGAAGCGAAUGUGAGCUGGCAGGAACUUUCAAAGAUUUGAGCCGGAUUACCGCCAAAGAAGCAGCAAGUGCCAUCCACGCAGAUGGAGUUCAUAUCCUUGCGCAUCUUGAUGGCCACACUGCACACGCCCACAAUGAGAUUCUUGCUUUACGUCCAGCUCCGAUCCAGCUCACCUUCGUGCUUGGUUUCCAUGGUACCUGCGGUGCAGACUACUUGGACUAUCUUGUUGCUGAUCGUGUUGUGCUUGGUCCCCCCAAGCCACCUGGUGCCCCUGGAACCCAAUAUGAUAUUGAUGAAUGUGCGCUACUGCUGCCGGACUCAUGUAUUUUGAACGGGCAUGCAAUGGAAUACAAUUAUCUUCUUGAUGAUCCCCCCAGGGGCGCAUGCACCCGCGAGACUUAUGGUAUUCCGGAGGAUGCAUUUGUAUUUGCAUACUUUGGCCCGCUCAAAUGGCUGGACCCGGUUAUAUUCACCACGUGGAUGAAGAUAUUACAGUGCGUUCCCAAUGCAAUACUUUGGUUGAAUAUAUGCUCGAGAAGGGGUGCUAUUGACCGCCUUAAGCAAGAAUGCGCUUCUUUUCAGGUAGAGGAAUGUCGACUAUUCUUUACUGACCUCGCUCAGAAAGAUAUAUGCAUAUCUUGCAAUGUGCUUGCUGAUCUUAUUCUAGAUACGCCUGGUUAUAAUGCCGUCGACGCCACGAUAGAUGCACUUUGGGCUGGAACGCCAGUGGUUACCUUUCUGGGCCAAACAAUUGCGACGCGCAUAUCUGCAAGUUUGUGCACCGCUGCUGGUUGCCCAGAGCUUAUCACAGAUUCUCUCGAUGAUUACAAGAACCUUGCCACAUCCCUAGCUGUUGAUGAAGUUAAGUUGCACACGUAUCGUCAGAAGCUUAAAAUGUCCCGUGUUGGGCCUCACCAAGCACCACUUUUUGAGUCAAUCAAGACGCUCAGGCAUCUUGAAGCUGGUUAUCAAGCCAUAUGGGGAAGAAAGCUUGAUCGGAAGGCACCAACUGACAUGAUUAUCCUUGAUAAAGCACCACUAGGAAAGAAUGAGCAAGCUGCAAUUAUCAUGUAGCUAACUCUAGGUCCCGCAGCACAAUGCAACCAGUUCCAAGACAAACUGCCAAAGAGGUCAAGUGCGCACGGUGAUCUCAGAGAAUUUUUCUACUUACAUUCAAUGUGCCUUGUAACAAUCAAGCAAAUCUCCACGAUAUGCUCAUCGGAGGGGCUAUUGGGUCUAGCACAAAACCAAGCUGUUAUGUUGCAGUCCGGCUCGCACCAGCGCUGCACAGGCUUGCCCGCCUGUAGGGAUCCUGCUGGUACGCUACAGAAUGCAGGACUGUCCGCCAGCUCAAGACCCAGGCUAUGUCUAGCUAUGAUGCAUUAACAAGGCAACUAUUCAAGUUAGUUUUGCCAGUGAUGAUACAUUGUUUACCUACACGGUCACGGUGUCCGGAAAAAGAGACUGAUUAAUUGUUGGGAUCCAUAUGAUUCUUCUCUCAUUUGAACUAGCUCCCAGAGCCAUCGAAGUUCCAAACUGCACCUGGAAUGAUUUUGCGGCUAUGCCAAUGAAUGGCUCGCGGCAGUAGAAGACCCACGGCCGAAACCAGGGAAUCGUGACGUUCAUAUCCGAUGGGAAACAAGCACGGUCCUGAUAAACGAUCUCAUCUUAUAUGCUUGCGAAUUCUAUACUGAGCGAGUAUCGCGUGGGCGCUGUUCUCGCACCACGUCGCUUGGGAAGAAUACGUUUUAGACUGGAUUUCGAGCUAGCUUUAUUGUUCGCUCCCGGAGAACGCCCCGGACCAGUGAGUGCUCUUGAUUUUCAUUAGCCCGUGUACGUUUUCGAGGAAAUGCUAUAGACGAAUAAGCGAAUGCUGAAUGUCCGACGACAUGCUCUGAAUCGCCCGACUCAUUGGGUCCAUUGUCAUGCCCAGGCUGGUCGCCGAUAUCGGAAUCGGCCGUUUUGGGAGGGCUAUCGCCGUCAUAAAUAUUAUUCCAUUA